AUGAAAUCAAAGCUACUGGCUCAGACUGGGUGUGGCGCUUUGGCGUACGCUGUGGCGGUCUUUGGGCUCCCGCAGUCUGCCGGACAUAAGAUGGAUCGGCUGCGACCGAGGCAUUCUGCUAGCGCUUCGGGGAGUGCAACAAGAACGGUUAUGGUUACUGUCAGUUUGGCCCUUCGACUACUGUUACACUCGGAGGCACCAAUAGUGCCAACCCUUGCACAGAUGAAACACAAUAACAUUGACUACCGAAAUUCUUGUGACCGUAUUCCCUUCGGCCGCUCCCCCCUUCCUCUUCGUUGUUUUCGGGAACCUCCGUCCCGACUACGGCUCUUCCUGGAUCAUCACUACCAGUUCGGCGCUACCCACUACCUCUUCCACGUCUUCAUCCAUCCCACCUAUACCACUGAUCCCAAUUUUAAUCCUAUUACCGCUCCGGCAAUUGGAGGAGGUAAUGCCAUCCUCGCUCAAAAUGCUGCUCAAGCCCAAGCACUCAAUCGAAAAUUCAGAGAGUUGACCUUUAGCGAUAGUUGUUUAGAUGGUGACGAAGCAUGCAUUGGAGACGGUCCAUCUCUUUGCAUAUUGGGUAUCUGGAGAAGGCAAUUAUGCAGGCAGCCCAACACUCGGUGCCGUGCAGUGCCUAGAAUGCAAACUAAUGGGACUGCCAUAGGAUGCUACACUGAGGCCGACUUGGAAGCCAGGUUUUCAUCGACUGGAAGAUCAGGAAGCGCCUUUGGCGAAUGA